AUGAUUUUGAAUCCUGUUGUCCUUGGCACCUGGAAGCCAGGUAAGCACAACACAGGCAGCCACAUGGGCAUGAGCAGAAGUUCCCUCAGCCGAAUUAUCCAGGUCAUGGCCUUCCAGAAUGAGCACACCUGGAAAAACCGAAAGAAACCAACCAAAAGCUUGAGGACAAGAGAGCUUGUGGACACAGUUUGUAAAGGUCAGCUUCCCAGGGCAGAAAGCAGCGUGGUAAAGGAUGGAGAGGAGCUGCAGGACAAAGAAAGUAAAGCAGAACCUUGGAUUCUGCCGCAGCUUUCCUACACUCAGGAUGAAUAUUUAUCAAAACUAAAUGACAUUGACGAGUUUUGGUCUCCACUAAAUUGUGAGCUCCCUGAAAGGAGUCCAUGUGCAUCUUUACAUCUCCCUAGUACCUGUGAAAUGGGUUUAGCAUUGCAUGUGGUCAUCCUUUUAGUUCAUGUCGUGCACUGUCUUAAUCUUGGGCGGUCGGCACCAAGCAGCCCCAUGUCACAUAAACCAGCAAGGCUCAGUGGAACAGAUGUCUCUCUGAAAGCUCCUCUGACCUGGGGACCUCCCGCCCAUCCAGACCACCACCAAGACAAUUUAGUCUGGACAGCAGAGGCGGGUUCAGGGAGAUCAGGCUGCAGGAAACCAGGAGGCUCUCCGGGGCUACCGCCCCGGCCUCGUGAUGUAAUUGUUAUUUCUUACUCGGAGCCUGAACCGGCGGAGAGCUGCCCGAGAAGUGGCAGCUGGGUGCCUUCUGCCUUGUCUUGGAGGGUCAGCAAGACACACAGAUUACAAGGUGGUGGAAGUUGGGGGGUGGGCGAGAGGGAGCCCAGGAGACACGGGUCGUGGGGUGAAGUGGGAGGAGAAGGAAGCCUAAGAUGCCGGCACCCAGGAAGGGACCCGGGGCGUCCGGACCCCCAGGCUGAGCCCCCUUCGCGGGCUUUUGGCCUGGGUCACGAGAGUGGUCCCCACCCCCCCGGGAGCCCCAGGAGGAGCUGUCCCGGCGCCUCCGGCGGCGGUGGGGGCUGCUGGACAGAGCCGGGAGCCGCGGGGAAGGGCUCGGGGCGCCUGGAGCACCCACCUCUCCCGGCCGCCGUGCUCCUCCCGCUGCCUCGGGGCCCCCGCAGCCCCCGCCCGGCCGGCCGGAGGGCGGGCGAGGAGGAAAACCAGCCAACCGAGGGGGCCCCGCAGUUCCCGCGAGCCUCCGGGACCCGAGCGCGUGCCUGCCGCCCUGGUGACAAUGGAAGAGAGGGGGGGAAAAAAGGGUUAAGAAACUUGGCUGAAGAGCUGAAUGGCGUGGAGCGGCGAGGGGAGGGACUGGGCCGCGGCCGCCUCGGCGGCGGAGGGAGGAGCGCGGCUGCGGGCGGGCGGGCAGGCGGCGAGCGAGGCGCUCAAAGUCAGCCUCGCAGACAUUGCAGCAGAGCCCCGAACUCGGGAGGCGGCGGCGGCGGCGGCGGAGGAGGCGGCGCGGCGGCGGCGGCCGAGGCGGAGGGACGACCCGGCCCCGCGCUCGCCCGCGCGCCCGCCCGUGGCCUCGCGGCGGCCGCUGCGCCCGGCAGCGCUGCCGAUCGCAGGGAAGAGCUCGCCGGGGCGCCGAGGGAGGACGGGGCGGCGGGGCGCCUUCGCGGAGUGAGCUGGCCGGAGCCCCGGCGCUCGGAGCCGCGGCGGCCUCGGAGUGCUUGGAUUGUGAGCGAUUUAAGAACUCUGUUCUCAGGACCCAUUACUUUAACAUUGAGGAGAAACACAUCCAGAAGGAAAAAUUCUAUACUUAGAAUUGCUACAUCAAGGGGCAUACAACAUUUUAAGAAAUACAAGUUUUUAGCUUCAUUGAAAUGUAACUGACAUAAAAUGCACAUAUUUAAGAUACUCACUAGAUUGAAGGAGGAGCGGGAAUCUGAAGACUCCAAAUGACAUCAGACUUACUUUUCAGCAGCCUUCUCAAUUUCCUUUCUCAGAAAGCAGAGACUC